AGGGGCGAUUUCAAACGUGGGAGGAAGGGGGUAAUGUUUAUGACCAGAGGAUAGAAAGGGUUCACGGAGAGGGGAUGAGCAUGGGGGGGAUAAUCGCGUCCAGUUUGAUUACUGUAGGCCGAGGGAUUUUGAAUUUCUGAGUGGCUCAUUCAUUUACUGUGAGGGCGUCCCGUUUGGAGAGGCAAAGGCGGAAGAAAAGGAGCAUUUCUGGAUCAUUUGGCAUCAGGACGCCACCGGUGGGGCCUGGGAGUCUCCCAUUGUCCUGCCUGUACUACAGCACCCUCCCUUUUCAUUUUGUAGGUCGCACAACUCUUUUAUAUUCGCCCUAAAUGCUGCUGGUUCCUCACAGUCCCAUCCACCUCAGCUCUCCUGCAGCGUCUCUCCCGCCCACCGUCCUCUCUCCCCCCUCUCCUCUCUCUAGCCUCCCCCUCCGCCCCGCCUCCCUUCUCCUGCUCCCCCCUCGUCGACCUCCAAGAUAGAUUCCCUCAGGAGUAAGGUUGACCUGCUCAAGCUUCCUCUGGCUCUCUCCACCAAGUCCAUCUCUGAGCGUAAGGCCCAGCUGGGAGGAGUCGGAGAGUACCGCGUCCCGGGGGGAGGAGGAGGAGUCGGGGUUCGCAAAGUCCACUCAGCGCCGACCAGAGACAUGGACAACGAGUCGCAGUACUCGGGAUACUCGUACAAGUCCUCGCACUCCAGGACCUCCCGCAAGCACAGGGAUCGGAGGGAUCGUCACCGCUCAAAGAGUCGAGACGGCAGCAGUCGUGCAGACAAGUCGGUCACCAUCCAGACUCCUGGAGAGCCGCUGCUGGACGCAGAAUCCACCCGCGGAGAUGAGAGGGACGAUAACUGGGGCGAGACCACCACGGUCGUCACGGGCACCUCGGAGCACAGCAUCUCCAACGAGGACCUGACGCGCAUCACCAAAGAUCUGGAGGAGUCGACCCCGCUGGAGUGUAAGCGCUUCGUGGGCCCGGUUCUGGGGGGCGUCCUGAGCUUCUUCGCGCUCCUCACCCCACUCGCCUUCCUCAUCCUGCCGCAGGUGUUGUGGCGCGAGGCCCUGGAGCCCUGCGGGACGCCCUGCGAGGGCCUCUACGUCUCCCUGGCCUUCAAGCUGCUGGUGCUGCUCAUCUCCUCCUGGGCGCUGUUCCUCCGCCCGCCUCGCGCCACGCUCCCGCGCUUCUUCGUCUUCCGCUGCCUGCUCAUGGUGCUGGUGUUCCUGUUCGUGGCGUCCUAUUGGUUGUUCUACGGCGUGCGGGUGCUGGAGCCGAGGGAGAGGGACUACCGGGGGAUCGUGGAGUACGCCGCCUCGCUGGUGGACGCUCUGCUCUUCAUUCAGUACCUGGCUCUGGUACUGCUGGAGGUCCGACACCUGCAGCCCGCCUUCUGCCUCAAAGUGGUGCGAAGUACUGAUGGAGCCAGCAAGUUCUACAACGUGGGACACCUCAGUAUCCAGCGGGCUGCGGUCUGGGUGUUGGACCGUUAUUACAGCGACUUCUCCGUCUUUAACCCCGCGCUGCUCAACCUGCCCAGAUCCAUCCUGUCCAAGAAGAUGACCGGCUUCAAGGUUUACUCUCUGGACGAAAGCUCCACCAAUAACUCUUCAGGUCAGUCCCGGGCCAUGAUAGCAGCCGCUGCCCGGAGGAGAGACAACUCCCACAACGAGUUCUACUACGAGGAGGCCGAGAUGGACCGCAGGGUUCGCAAACGCAAGGCCAGGUUGGUGGUGGCGGUGGAAGAGGCCUUCACACACAUCAAGCGUCUCCAUGAAGACGAAGUGGCCUCGUCCCCCAAACACCCCCGAGAGGUGAUGGACCCUCGGGAGGCGGCGCAGGCCAUCUUCGCCCCUAUGGCCCGGGCGAUGCAGAAGUACCUGAGGACCACGAGGCAGCAGGCCUUCCACAGCAUGGAGAGCAUCCUCACACACCUGCAGUUCUGCAUCACACACAACAUGACGCCCAAGGCCUUCCUGGAGCGGUACCUGAGCCCCGGCCCCACGGUGCAGUACCAGCAGCAGAACGGCAGGGGGCGCCAGUGGACCCUGGUGAGCGAGGAGCCGGUGACCUCGGCCCUGCGUCAGGGUCUCAUCUUCUCCCUGCGGCGCCUCGACUUCUCCCUGGUCGUCACGGUGAUGCCGCUCCCCUUCCUGCGGCUCGGGGAGGAAUUCAUCGACCCGAAGAGCCACAAGUUUGUGAUGAGGCUUCAGUCGGAAACCUCGGUGUGAUGGAUGCUUCUUUUUUCCCACGGGACGGGACAUGGGGUCCACUCACAUCCAAUCACUUCCUGUCUGUGACACAGAAACCCUUGAAGGAGAGAGUGAACCCCUCCUCCUGAUAUGAAACUGCUCAAUGAUUGUUCAAACCUGGAAUAAAACGAAUGCCUUCUGUAAGAGACUUUUUUUAUAAAGGGGGUUUUUCUCCUCUUUUGGCUUCUCCUGUUGCUGUAACCACUGGACUACGACUUCACUGUGCUGACUCAACACCAGACGAGGGGGAUUACAUCACAUUUGUCACUUCCUCUUUCUCAAAAACACACCGCUCUGAAUGCUGGUGUACCACUGCCUUCUGGUUCCCUCUCCAUGUACUGUUUCAAGAAUACAAGGACAGUUUUUAUAUUAAAGGGUGUGACUUCUUUUUUCUUUACUCACAGAAUGUAGCAUUAUGUGCUUUGAAUUAACACGUGGCUUUUCCGCGGCCUGAAGGCCAACAUGUCGUCUUUUUUAUGUGAAAAAUGGAAGUACAUUCCUCAGCUACUCCAAACUGUAUUUACAUGACUGUCUUAAUAUGCAGGUUCUCUUUAAAACACUACACUGGCAAUCCAACUUCCCUUUUACACAGAAGACUAAACCAAGACCCCAUUCACGCCUGUUAUUAACAAGCAGUCUUUGUAUGUAUAUCUUAUCUUCAUGAGGAUAUUAAAACCUGGUGUUAUUCAGAGUUUUCCUUAAUGUCAAAAAGACCAGAAAACCAAGAGUGUGUUUCAACACUUUCAGUCUUUCCUACCCUGUCUGGAAGUAACAAGUUCCUUAUUUUAAAAACCCUAUACUUCAACAUAAAAGGCUAAUUCCUUGCCUUAAAGAACAGGGAACAAACAUGACUAAAUAAGGAGAAAAUGAAGCAUUUCCCAGGUACUAUUUCAAGUCUCUGACUAACAUGUCCUCAUGCGUAUUUACAGCAUAAGGAAGUGUAUGUUAACUUUCAGUGCCGAUGUUCGUGACUGACUUUUUAUGGUUUUGGUGAACAGAUAAAAUGUUCUCAGAGGAUUCAUUUACUAGCCAAGUAAUUCAGAUCCGCUCUAAACUUUACCGUGUUCUUCCUAGGCCCAUGAUUGACCUUUCCAACACGUUUCAUAAAAAUGGGGCCUUUUAGUUUUUUAGCUGAAAGACUUACAAACUGAACAGCUUGUCAGAGACAUUUGGAAAGUCACCAGAAAACCAAAUCAUAACAGAAAACAUUGAGUCUAAAAAAGCAAAAAUCUAUUUAAUAGAAGGGUUUCUCUCAAGAUUGUGACUUGAUCAAAUACAUCUGGCCGCCUUCUUUAAGUCAUGAGCAGUUUUUAAAAGCUUUUAAAACCCAUUUAUCCUUUUGACUUUUGAAAACACAAUUUUUGUCAUAAGUCCCUGAGCUCUGCCUGUCCAAUUACAUAUUUAUAUCCAAUCACAACACAACAUUGAGACGGCAAGAGCUAAAACUUAUGAUAAGUGUACGUAAAUGCAAAGGCCUGUGAGUCUGUCUUUCUGCAGAUUCAGGUGACGUGUCAACAGGUUUAAAUGAGGUCUUGGUUUAUUCCAGUCUUUGUCACAAUCCACACAUGUGAACUCAGUCUUGAGCACACAGCUGUAGUUCAACUCAGCUGCUUCCUGGUUUUUUUUUUAUCCUGCAUUUUCACAAAUAUCCCAAAUCAGACGUGUGAUUGUAACUCUUCUGUGCAGCUCCUCUGCAGUGUCACACACACACACACACACACACACCGAGCUGCUCCAUCCCACGGCCUUACUCUCCCUCCUCUAGGACCUAAAACACUCCUGAUGUUGAGACGUGCGGCGAUCCGUUGCAUCUACCUACAGUUUGUUGAGCCAAAACAUGACAGACGGUUUGCUUUUCAAGAGAAAAUGUGGUUUAAAAAGCCCUUUAAAUUCCUAACAACAAACACACCGCUGACAUUUCACCCAAGUGAUCACAUUCUAUAAAAAAAAACAUGCAUGCUUGAGUUGUUUCAGGCUCCCAAUACUUUUUUGUAAUACUUUUCUAUCAUUUUGAUGGUGCCUAAGUUAUGACGAUGCAAUUUCCCCGAUGUUUUUACUUUUGAAAAACAAGUGGCUUGUACAAAUUUUGUAGAUUUUGUCUUGUAUUUUCUUUCUCUUUUGGUAACUGUAGCUUGUAUAGUGUCAUAGGCCUUUUUCCACUAUUAAACCAUUUUAUUCCUUA